AUGCCGCCUACCACCCCAUCGCGGCCGCCACCAGCUCCCCUUCCUCCUCAGACCGCGCGUGCGACACAACCUCUCGCCAAUGUCGCGCGAGCAGCUGCAGCAGCACGCCCGGCUGUUGAACCCGCCGCACGCCCGGCUGCUGUACCAAAUGCCUCAUUCAACCCGAAACUAUCAUACAAACAGGUUUCGCGCCGAGUGAUUGCGUUGUAUGUGUCGGUCCCUCUCGCUCUCGUCCUCAGCUAUGAGCUCUGGAACAGGCGAUUCAAUGGCAAGGAGCAGAAGAUUCUAGGACAGCCCCAAUCGAGCGGCCAUAAGGACGAGACCCGGUGGUAUCCUGCACAAGAUGAACUGGCUAAGGAUUUACCGGAACGAGGCCGAUGA